AGUUCGGAGCUGGAAUCCUUCCGGCAAAAAUGGAUUUCCGACUUGCGAUCUAGAAGAGAGUCCAUUGGGUCAGCCUCUCAUCAGGCUGAGGCGUCGCAUGUGGCCUCCACCGCCGCGCCGGCCGCUACUUCACAGCAAACAAGGGCAUCAGGGCCCUUUUCAGGGCCAGGAACCGGCAAAAGAAAUCUGCCAGUCAUUGACGAUGACGAGUACUAUCUACACGCGCAAUCGUUCGACGGCCCUCCUCCAACAUCUGCCGCGGGCCAUCUGCUCUCGGAUGCUCCCGGAAAAGGUGCUGAGAAGCCGCUCAUCUCGGCUCUAGAUCACUAUGAGGAAGCCAUGGAAAAGGAGGCGCAGGGCAACAUGGGAGAAAGCCUGCGGCUAUAUAGAAAGGCUUAUAGACUAGACAAUAGAAUAGAUCAGACAUAUCGUGAGAAGCACUUCCCAGGGGGCUUCGCUGCCACGAAAGCCCCCACAACAGGGCCUGCAGCAUCCUCUGCACGGAAACAUGCCGAGUCUGAUCAAGGGGAGCCUAAACCGCUGACCCUGGAAGAGCUCAUCGCCAGCUUCUCAACCCUGAAGAUCGAGCCAGCGCCCCCGGAAAUUGAAAACACCCCGCCACCUCCAUGCCCAAUCGCCAAUCUGCCAGAUGAACUGCUCGUCCCCAUCCUUCAGGACGUUGCCGUCGCGGAUGUCGGCGACUUUGCACGUCUGAGUCUCGUGUGCAAGCAUUUCGCCUUUCUCGUCGCCACCGAGCAGCGUCCCUGGAAACGCGUCUGCCUGGGCAGUGAGUUCGGCUUCACCUCCAUGCCUCGCCACUGGCAAAAGAGCAUCGAGUGGGAAGAUCUCGAGAUUCAGGAGGAGGCAGACGAAGAUGGUCUCCUCAUCAGCAUGCGAGAGCUUGAGGAGCGGCGCCUUGCCGACGCAGUGUCCUUCACCCUGUCCCUCCACGAUCCGGACGUCUAUCCUUCGUGGAAACACAUGUUCCGAAACCGUCCUCGUAUCCGCUUCAACGGAUGCUACAUCAGUACCGUCAACUACGUGCGCAGCGGCCAGGCCUCCACAAAUCAGUCCACCUGGGGCGGAGCUCCCGUCCUCAUCGUCACAUACUAUCGCUACCUACGGUUUUUCCGUGACGGCACCGUCAUUAGUCUUCUCACUACGGCGUCUCCAGUAGACGUUGUUCAUCAUCUAACCCCCGAGCUGCUCCUCUUACACCGCGAGGCCCCUCACUCUCAUUUGCCAUCCGCGGUAAUGCAUCAAGCCUACAAAGGUCGCUGGCGCCAAUCCUCUGCUUUGGAUCAUCCCGACAACACGGAUCCCCAGGACCAGGAAUCAGAUAUAUAUGUGGAGACGGAGGGUGUCGGCACAAAGUACAUGUACCGAAUGGACCUGACGCUCCGGAGUGCAGGCAAGGGCACCAAGAACAACAAAAUCGUCUGGAGAGGCUUCCACAGCUACAACAAGCUGACGGACGACUGGGCCGAGUUUCAGCUCAAAAACGACAAGCCCUUCUUUUUCAGCCGGGUUAAGAGUUAUGGAAUAGGAGAG